CUCAGUGGGUCUGAUUUUAUGAAUAAUAUAUUUAUUUCACCAAGAAGGGAAUUAUCCAACCCCCACCCUUCCCUCCUUGUAAAUUUAUGUUUUGUUGUUUUUGUUUUUUUUGUGUGUUUUUUUGCUUGUUUGUUUGUUUUCAGGGGGAAAAAAAUGCUCAAAUCAGGCACAAAUAUUUUUGCUUUUAAGCCAUUUUUAAUUGAUAAUUCUUCAGUAUUUCGAAGAGGACGCCUGCUGAUUUUCUGGGAGGAAACAAGGCGCAGUGCAUAACUUACUUCAUUGACUUAUAAUGAUUCAAAAUGAGACUUUCUAACUGGAGCGACGCGAUCGGCUAUGGGAUCUAUUUUACCGACGACUCCAACGCGUCUGUGUGGAAUCAAACGAGCUGUAAGAACUUCAGUGUCGACUCGCAGAUCGUCGGAGUGGGACUUUUUCUGUCCGUGUUUAUUUUGGCGGCGAUCGUUGGCAACAUUCUGGUGAUCCUCUCCGUGGUCUGCAACAAACACCUGCAGACUGUCACCAACUUCUUCAUCGUGAAUUUGGCCAUAGCCGACCUGCUGCUCGGCGUCAUCGUGCUGCCUUUCUCCGCGUCCUUGGAGGUUCUGGGCUGCUGGGUGUUCGGUCGUGUUUUCUGUAACAUCUGGGCAGCGGUGGACGUUCUGUGCUGCACAGCGUCCAUCCUCAGCCUCUGCAUCAUCUCCAUCGACCGCUACAUCGGGGUCAGACACUGCCUGAAAUACCCCAGCAUCAUGACCGAGAGGAAAGCGGCAGCGAUUUUAGUGCUGGUGUGGCUUCUGUCCACGAUCAUCUCCGUGGGGCCGCUGCUCGGGUGGAAGGAACCCCCGCCUGUGGACGACAGCAUCUGUCGGAUCACGGAGGAGCCCGGAUAUGCGAUCUUCUCCUCCCUUUUCUCCUUCUAUCUCCCGCUCCUCGUCAUUCUCUUCAUGUAUUUUCGGGUCUACGUGGUUGCCCGCAGAACUACUAAGAGUUUGGAAGCGGGCGUCAAACGAGAGAGAAGUAAGUCCGUGGAAGUGGUUCUGCGGAUCCACUGCCGCAACGCGCCGGACGAAGCGCGUGCGUCCAGCUCCAAAAGCAACAAAACGCACCCGUUCAGAAGUUCACUUUCUGUGCGUUUAAUGAAGUUCUCCAGAGAGAAAAAAGCUGCUAAAACCCUCGCCGUCGUUGUGGGGAUGUUCAUCCUGUGCUGGUUGCCCUUUUUCUUCUUUCUGCCGAUGGGAUCCUUCUUCCCAGCACUGAAACCAUCUGAAAGUGUGUUCAAGGUGAUCUUUUGGCUUGGCUACUUCAACAGCUGCAUCAAUCCCAUAAUAUAUCCCUGUUCCAGCAAAGAGUUCCAGCGGGCUUUCACUCAGCUCAUCAGGUGCCAGUGUCACCAAAGACGGAGGGUCUUGCGACGAUUCUAUGACCGUAGGUGGCGGACGGCUGUGAAGGAAAUAUCAAAGGAACACACGGGAGACUUUAGGCCCGACUGUGCCAUGCAUGAAUCCUGCAGUAACUCCUGGAAAGGGAACUCACUCGUAUUCAACAGAUGGAGUCUGUUUCCACCACUGCAGAGGUCUUCCUUCCAGCUCAAAGAGAAAGUGACCAAUCUGUCAAAAAAAAUCAAGAGUGGAACACAUAAAGUUCCCACACCUACAGCAGGCCAGACUGAUGCGGUUGAUACAGUGUCGAUGGGUAUUUAUGAGCAGAGCGGGUAUCAGUUCUGUGAUUUGGCAGAGUGUUAUGGACUAAAGGAAAGUGAGAUUUAGACAUGAUAACACAAGGCAUAAUUUAUUCAAAGAACUAUGUUGGGCCAUGUCUACAAAAGAGUGUGAUUGGACAAUUAGCAUUCAUAUACCGAUCAGAGCAACGGAUAGAGAGUGACACAUAACUACAACAUUUCUUUGGGCUUUCAUGAGCAUUUUUGUGCACCGAUGAAGUGGAUACAAAAGUAGCUGCACCAUGGAUGCUAUCUGAUUAUUUCAAAACACUGCAACUCCACAACCCACCAGCCACAGUUUACAUUUACUGUAUGUGCAGUUGUGAAGACAUUGUGUAGUUAUAGCUCAUUGCUUUCUAAUCUGUAAACAUUUUUUCAGUUCAUAAUUACCCAACAGGUAUUGUCUGAUAACUGUUAUCCCAAUGGAUAGCAGUUUUGAAGGAAACUCAAA